AUGGUGCUUGAUUUUUUGCCAGAGUUCGUCAGUCAUAGUGACUGGCAACAGGUGACGCGCCCGUCUGUCGUGGCGGUGGUGGUGGCGUUCUUCAUCUGUUGGGCGCCGUUCCACGCGCAGCGGCUGCUCGCCGUCUACGCCUACAGCUCCGAGUCGCUGCGAUCGUCGGCAACUUUCGUCACCAUCUACCAGGUCCUCACCCACAUCUCGGGCGUCUUCUACUUCCUCGGCACCGCCAUCAACCCGCUACUCUACCACAUCAUGUCGCACAAGUUCCGGCAGGCGUUCAAGGAGACGCUGUCAGAGCUGUGCGGCUGGAGGCGGCGCAAGCGGCGGCCGAGGCGCGCCUACAGCGCCGUGUCGCCCGGCCACAAGGCGCCGGCGCGGUCGCUGCCGCAGCAGGCUGCGAGCAACGACAGCCAGGCCACGCUCACCACAUCGCUCAGCAGGAUCAGCAUCGGCGCAGACGAGCUGCCCGCCGCGGCCGCCUCCGCCGACCGCCGCCUAGACGUCAACGGCUGCUGCCACCACAAGCUGGAGCUCAUCAGCGAGCACUACUCCAACGAACGCACCAGCGACGGCAACGCGCCCGCGGCGGCCGAGGAGCGCUCCGUCAGCAGCCUCGCCAAGAAGAUCCGUGAUGGCACGCGCACCAUCUUCAAGCGCGAUGUGGCCACCUCCACUGCCUCUGCUACCCCCGCCAACGCGUCCGAGCAGCGGCCGCUGUCAGAGCCCGGUCGCCGUUCGCCCAAAUUACGGCACGCGGACUCGCUCCAUUUGAGCAUCGACAGUGCCAAGAGCACCAUCAGUAACUCCAGCUUGCAAGAUAUGGACGAGAUGGAAUUCGACAGCUCCGAGUUGGCCCACUACAUGGGCGAGCUUAAUGAACAGGGUCUGGCUCGGUAGGAGACGCCAUACCUCGACUGUCCAUUCUUGAAGACCGCUAGGAGGUCAUCUUCAAAAGCAUCUGCAAAAACCACAUAAAACUGAUGUAUAUU